GCAAAACCUUUCUAGUCCUGCGGAUAAUCUUUUAUUCAUUCAUUCCCAAUUGUCUGCUCUUGAAGUAUCAAGAGAUAAUACGAUGCAUGAAGCAAAAUUUGCAUCAAGAGAUGUUAUUAGUGUCUUACAGCUUUAUUUUAAACCAUUAGACGAUUUAUCACAAGAAUUCACUUGCUAUCUUUGGGAAUUAACUAGAAAUAUUUUUACUCUGGCAAGUAACGGUCAUGCAAAAACCGUUAUUAAAAGUUUGGCUAGAAUAAUUUGUUUAGAAGAGGAAAUGGACGUUCAAACAAAUGAGACAUGUAUUGUCAAAUCGUUCAAAAAUAACUUUUUUAGCAUUUUGAGUAACACCAUUUUGGAAAGGUUUGAACUUUUUUUGAGCAAAGUUAAAGACGCCCCAUUGACAUUAUUAGACAAUUUAGAUUUUAUAUAUAAUGAUUUAAAUUUAGUAAAAGAUGAAAUUGAACCACAAUUCCCUUUGCAUUACAAUGUAAGGCUUUUCUUCGUGCAGGGAUAUCAUGAACAAGUUUACAACUGGCUGAACGAUAUUAUGCAAACUGACUUGUCUUUGGACGCGGGAACUAUUUUUGCCUUGAUUCGCUGGGUGCGUCAAUACUACCUUAAAAUCGUAAGUGAUAUGAAUAUAUCGCAAGACAUACUGGAACCAGAGCUCUUAGACGGCAGGGAGCACGAAUUGAUUGAUUGCUUACUAUCAAUUAUGCGCAGCAAGUUUCAAGAAUGGAAAAAUAAUUUGAUUGAAAGUGACAUUAAAGAAUUUAUUGAACGUCUUUAUGAAUUAGAUGCUAAUAAAGUGACUGGCCUUUCUGGUACACCUGUGCUGAUCAGCAUGAUUAAUCAACAAAUAGAUUUGGCCAUUAUGUCUACUCAUGAAAAAAUUUUAGCUAAUGUGGUCAAAGAAUGUUGUAAAGUGAUGAUUGACAUACAACAAACUUGGAUGAUCACAUUGGAAUCGGAAGUUCGCCUAUAUAUUGAAGAAAAAGGUGAACCACGUCUUUUGGAAUAUAUUAUCGCAUUGGCCAAUGAUGAAUGCCGUUGUGCCGAUCAUGUUGAAAAUCUUAAGAAACA